ACCCAUCAUAAUUCAAGAUGGCGGCGGCAUCAAGCUCUUCAACCGAUGAAGUCGACGAGUUAUUUUCGCGGUUUAUGUCCGAGGUACUAGCAAUUUAUUCUGUCUUACUUCAUUUUAAUAAUUAGUGCUUUUUGUCGGACUUUUUUGGAACUUGCGUGCGUUCCGUAAUAGCUUACUUAAUGCUGCUUUUAAAAUUUUCAAAAAGCUUAUUAAAGCUAAUUUGCAAUCAGUUAAGCUGAAGCUUGCAUGUUUUUUUUUUUGUAAAAGAUUUAUCACAUGUAUAAGCUAAGUUUCUUUUUAGAAUCAGGGAUCCGGAACUGUGAUUUUUUUUUUGUUUUAAAUCAGCGGUAUGCCUGUGUAAAACAGCUUUCAGUGUUUUUAGUCUUCAAAGGAAGCUGUGCUGCCGGGAGUAAUUAGGCUUAUAAUUAAAUGAAUACGUAAAUUAAAAUUCUCUGUUUUUUUAAAACGACCAUAAUGUAAUGAUGUAAUGCCACACAAUAAGGUUUUGAUAAUCAGAGAUAUGAGUUGUGUGAACCUCGCACUAUUUGCACAGUCAUGAUACUUUAAGUGUUGUCCAGAACUUUUUUAUAAGAUUCUUUUAAUGCACUCAGAAUAUCUAGCUAGCUAUUUUGUACAAUUCUUGUUUUCACAUAAAUCCUUAUAUAUAAAUAGUUUUUAACAAAAGGAAUGUAAGAUCAUUAGUUUUGAUAACCUGCAAAACUUCUCAUAGUUAUUUACGUUGAGGGUACAAGAUGUGCAUCAUGUAUUGAUAGCAUCUUUCAUACGUAGCAAAGUGUAACAUUUAAGUUUAUGGGAUUAUUUAUAUCGAAAUAGACCUUAUUCCUAACUGGUGGCAAAUGCGACCAUAGUAACUGUAGACUACGAGUAAUGCCCAUUUUUCUCAGGGGUAGAUGAGUGACCGAAACGCGAAUGCGUGUGAAAAUCACUGCACAUGAGAAAGGGGAGACGCGGCGGUGAGAGAGAAAAAUGAGGGACUGCAGACAAAGCCCAAGCUUUUGACCUUAUGCGUUGCUCUCACAACGCAAAACUCUUAUUGGCUCUUCCAUGCAAGUCUGUCAACAUCUAUCAAAAAUGUGCCAGCCACUAUCAACACUCGACAUAAUCACAUUUACAGAACAAGAAUAACUAGAGCAGAAAUAAUAACUGCACAGAACAAAUAACUACAGUUGCUCUUGUAGAAGCAACUAAGCAGAAAGCCAACCCGGCAACUGAUGAGGUUCACACAGAGAAUCGAAACCAUGGUCUUGCCUGAUCACAAAGUGGCAAUAACAGAACAGUCGCAAGGCUGUUAAGCUUAUCAGGGUGUAAAGGAAAUCAUUUUUACAGCUUGCCAUUCGGGCAAUCAUGACUGAGUCACAUCGCAAUUCCCCAUAGUUAAUGUAGCUUCAGUUUAAGCUGCAGUCAGUUCUUUGAGAUUUGGAUCUGUAAAUUACUAUCCGUGAGAAUUUAACAUCCUGCUAAAAAGGCAUGACAAAACAUUACAGGAAAUACUUACUAUCAAGUUCUUCGUGCAAAACAGCCUCGAAGAAAAUUAGUAUAUGGGUUUUCUUUUACUUGCAAUAAAUAUCCCCCACAGUUUACCAAUGACAAGAGCAAUGACAGCUCAAUGAGAGAAGGAAUCCCAUUGGAUGCGCUUAAUUGAUGUGAAAGGGGAUACGAACUUCACACUCCAAAAUCAGUCGGCCGUGGAGGGUCAAAAGCUUGGGAAUGAUGAGUAUAUCGAUAAUUUACUUACGAUAAUAUCAAUAAUUUGCUAUUUCUUUCUUUUUCUGACAUUUAGGUCAAAGAAAUUGAGAAAAGGGAUUCAGUACUCACCGGUCCUCAGCAGAUAGACAGACUUACAAGGCCUGGUUCGACUUACUUCAAUCUUAAUCCUUAUGAGGUCAGAAAAACUGUAAAAUCUGUCUUUUAAGGAGGGAUAAAAAUUCUUUAAUUUAUUUCCAUGUUCCUAUGAUAAAUCUGGGAGGGUAGAAGGAUUGGAAGUGGAGUUACUCCUUGAAAAUUUGAUUGGGGAUGUGUUAUCUGCAUCAUAGAACAUUAACCGCGAUUUCAACCAACAUGCAUGACAUAUAUUCCAUUGCCCAUUUCCAACCAAAGCCAAAUUGGAUACCCUUUCUCAGACGUCUGACAAGACUUCUGUAGUAAGCUACCCUGCCGUUUAAGGCCCCACAGUCUUCCUAGGUAAGUUGACUUACAUGUAUCUAGGAAGACUGAAGAGUCUCUGCACACUGGGUGGUAGCAAGCAGUAGGAUGAAUGAUCCCAGUAACCAAAGAAUUGCUUAGUAAUUGCAGCAGUAUUUGCAAGUCAGAUAAUUCUGAACUUGCGUUGCCAAUCUUCAGCAUCACCAUCGUCCUUCUUUGUUUGCCCCCCCCAGAGGGGGCACUAUAUUUUUAUGCCAAACUGCAGCCAAGAGGGCAAGAAUUAUUUUCCAAGUUGCAGCCUUGUCUUAUUUAGUGGGCCCCCAAUUACUUAAAGAUUUAAUUCCACCAUUGUUAUUACCAGUCUUCCCUAUUCUGCAAAGGAUGUAUUUCUGAUAUGUAUUUUGUGUUUAUUUUAUAUAUUUUACUUUACUAGAAGCCAGCAUCAUAAAAUGUUGAUCAAAUUUAAUUCACUGUCCAUUCAGUUCAAAUCUUGUGAGUCAAUUCUGUAGUGGUCAAUGCUAGCCUUCUUGGAUAGCAAGGCAAUUUUUUUUCAGGCCCAACAAAUUUUUUUUUGGCUUGCCUCAGGAGCUGGGCUUUUUAAGCCCCUACCGACACACCUAUCUGAAUCCAUUAUAGUAGCAUGUAAGUAUAUUUGACUUUACCUCUUGGAUUGUUUCCUAAAUUUACAUAAAUUUAUUUUUAGGUUCUUCAAAUGCCUCCUUUUGCUAAAGAAGAGGAAAUAAAAAAGCAGUACCGAAAGGUCAGUCAUUAACUUUUAGCACAAUAUUUUCAAUUUUGAUAGUGAAGCACAUUGUGUGUUAGUUUAACACCCACACUCUUAGAACCUCUCUCCUCUGAUUAAGUACUGGUACCUACCCCAUAUAAAGCCAAACAAGUAAAUGAGAACCAUCUCUUUGUUUUAAGUUGUAACGCUAUCACCCGGAAAUUCUUUUUUCUUUUUCCACUACACAGGUAUCAACCUUUUUAUCCAUUUAGGCAGUGCCAGUUUGCCUUUCAUGUAUGAACUACUUUAUGCACUUUAUUAGCAAGUUGUUCUUGUAGUUUAAUGUGGCAUCCAGGUUGAUAUUCCUUUUUACUUCUCAUUUAAUCCUUUAUGAUCUUUGUAAUACAGCUGUCAUUUCUCGUUCAUCCUGACAAGAACCCAGAUAACAGAGAGAAAGCUCAAAAGGCAUUCGAAGGUGAGCACAAUCAAAUCUAAGGCACAGUUAUGAUGCCCAACAUUUCAAGAUAUCGUGUGAAGUAGAGGAAACCCAAGGAGAGUAAAUAAACAAUGCAAAACAAGGAAAUGCGUGCAGAAAAUUCCUGGGGCUCCUGUCAUAACUUAUUAAUAUUCUGAGCAAUUGGUCCCUGGAUACACCAGGGGACAUUACUGGAAUAAGUCUCCUCAUGUGAUAUUACCAGUUGGACAAAACAACAGGGGACAUGAAGUUUAACUCAUCUGAAUUUGACUAGCCUGGGAUUAGGCUACGCACUGGGGGAAAAAGGAGAAAAAAAUCGGCACGGGCAAAAAAAAAAAGUGGCAAGUGAAGCAAGCCGAGCAGAGGUCUGGGAAGGGGAAAGGCUUGCAAAUGGUCCACCGCCCUUUCCCUCUCCCCAGGCCACUGAUAUAAUUUUCCUUUUGCUCCGGUUUUUUCUUUAAUCCCCACCGCAUAGCCGGGUCCCAGGCUAGAAUUUGACUGUGACAAAUUGGGAACAAAAUGACCAAGUUUUUCAAGGUGUACUCCAUUUGAUGCAAUAAUAGAUAACUGUGGCAUGUUUGCAAGGGUAUCUUGGUGUUAAUUUUUAUUUAUCACCAUGGUUUUUAAAUAGUGUGUCAUUACCUGGAAAAAUAAUGAUUUUACACGUGUGUUUAUGUUAAACUACAUGACUGUUCUUUUAGCUGUCAGCGAGGCCAACCAGACACUUCAAGACCCAGAUAAAGUAAAAAAGAUCAAUGAGAUCCUAGAAGAAGCAAGAGCAAUGGUCAAGAAAUCUGUGAGUUGUUAAUUUUGGCAAAUUAAUUUUACUUCCAAUAGGUCACUUUCUCAACUCGAGGGCGUCAUUUUAUAACAGAACUACGACCAUAAACCUUUCGGCUUUUCCUUUCAUGUUUAAAUUUGGUAAUCCUGCGGGCUUUAAAUAACAAAUUAAAAGCCUUUAUUUGCACAAAUAAAGAAAACCCAGAAGUGCUCUGGUUGUAGUAGAUAAAUGACGCCAUCAUGCAAAUGGCCUGUUACAUGUUCAACAGUUCUCUGAGAGACUUUUCUUUUCUCUGUUUGGUAAUAAAACCAAAAGGCUAGCUCAUUGACUGAUUGCAUGCUUCAGAGUUUUUUCUUUUCCCAAGGCAUAAAUUACUUGAAAACCGGUGAAAUGUCAUUGCAAAGAAAGUUUGAGGACAAGUUUUAGAUUUAAUUUCAUUAGAAGAUUCUAGGGGACUUUCUUUCUUAAAACUGAAAUGUUCAGGAGACCUUUUUUUAACAAUAAUCGCAAUAUUUUGGUAAUAGAAAAGAAAAACAACCUCCGAAAAUCGUAAGUAUUGGUUAGCUAAUGUAGUCGAAAAACUCCAAACAUCUUAGAUGAUGCAACGGUUAUCGGGAAACUAAAAUUUAUACGCCUUCUGUAGACAAUAUUCACUUCUUCGAACAGUUAUUUUACAGAAAAAAAUUGUCUAGUGCUCCUGACUACUGCAAAGUGAUUUUUGCAAACGCUAUUUUUUUAUUUAUUUAUUAUUUAUUUACUCCUUUUACAUGAGUUGUGCCACAGUUUUAACAGGUGCAAUACUUUAGCCCAGUUUUCUUGUUGUAUUCCUCAUUUUCAGCUCAAGGAGAAGAAGAAACAAGCAAAGAAAGAGGGAAAAGAUAAAAUAGAAGAAGAGGAAGAUCCAGAAAAGGUAUUGUACCAGGAAAUUAUGGCCGGAGAAAAACUAUUAGUUGUGCUCAUUAUCAUGUGUACUGCCAUUCAAACACUCUAAUAGGUGAAAAAAUGUUUUGUAAAAAACUAUAUGAGGUCUGAUGUUUCUUUUUCCGUGAACUGCUGGACAGUUAAAUAACAUUUUGAAGCGACUAAUGCAAUUUCAGCCUCUUUCUAGACAUAUUGGUGGAAAAAUGCUUGAAGCAAAAUUUUAACAUGUAAAAGGUCAUGGCAGUGAGUCCAAAGCGUGUUAUGUUGACCUUGGGCAUAUGUUGUUUCUCUCUACGAGAUUACCUUAUUCUCUGGGUUCGUUUCGCGAUUUACGAUUUCGUGAUUGAUUUAUAAAUCGAACAGAGGAUUUUAUGCAAUCUUUGAUCCAUCAGCAUUCCUCUAUUUAAAAGCUUAAGAAGUUCUUUAUACAGCUGUAUGUAAUGUGUUUAUCCCCAAGAACAAACCGAACAGCUCUUUCAUUUACUUUUUGUAGUUUUUCAGCCGAACCUUUAUUGCAGAAGUGACAUAUUAUUCAAAAUUACAAAGUUGCACAUUACAUUUGAACAGUCUACAAAAUGAAAUCUUAGGGUGGGUGGGUGGGAAGGUAAGUAAUGGCGGACGCAGCAAAAGCAACUGCCCGCCUUUCGGUCACAUGACCUGUAUCCAGGCCCCAAGUGGAGUGUGAGAAAAACAUUUCCCACUUAUUUUGUUACGCUCAGCCAGUGGAAAAUUACUCUUAUCUACGUGUGAUAAGUCAGAGUCUUCAUAGUCGUCGUCGUCCUCUAAUGUAAAGGCCUCUCUAAUGUUUGAUUUUGCAGUUAUCGAAAUUAGUCCACUCCACGACUGUUAAGCUUUUCGCUGAUUACGAAAUUAAAAGAAGAGCACAGGAAGAAAAGGACGCAGAAUUGAGGUGAGCUGAUCUGCGUGCUACACUGUUCGAGACUGCAGAAAAAUGAAACUAAAACAACAAAACUGCAAAGAAAACAGGAAUUUGAUUUUUUUUUCUUGGGCGGGGGAGGUUCAAGUCGCUUUUGUCUUCGCUGCUGUUGUCUCAGUGGAAAAAGAAAAAUCUAGAUGUCGUCGUAAUCAUAAAAGUUCCCGAAGAAUAAACAAGCAAGCGCAAAAAAAGACGUGAAGACUGGGCAGAAGGGAGAGAACGAUUAGGACUUGAUGGCAUGUCGUAUUGACAUGAGGAUAAAUCCAAAUACCGUAAAUCCUCUAUUAAGCCCCCACCCCCCAUCUCACAUAAGACCCCUCCCUCUAAUAAACCCCCCUUUUCAGUAUAAGAAAAUAAUAAGCCCCCCCCCCUCCCCACCCCUAAUUAUUCUUUACUAAUAAGAGAUACUGUAUUAAUCAAUCACGACUGUAAAACUGCGUGUGGGUUGAUCCGGGAUGGUUUAUUUACCAACUGGAAGUUCGGACUUGAUGCUGAUCCUCGGAUGCAUGACCUCCGACUUUCUUGUAAUUGAGCUUUUCCACUUUGUAUUCUAGUUCUCUACGGAGAACUGAUACCAUCGUCUUUUCUAAAUUAAAUAAGCCCCCCUCUGAUAUUAGCCCCCUGUCUGUAUUAACCCCACCUCCCUCAAAUGGGCUUGAAAUAAAUAAGCCCCCGGCGGACUUGUGAGAGGCUUUACGGACGUAUGUCAAAAGUAGGCAUCAUUUUAAUGUCCACGUAAAUAGAGGCUCUCUCCCGACGUUAGCGCUCGCCGGUCUCCACUGACUGAGAACCCGAACCAGACAACCCGCUUUUUCACUAUUUUGAUAAUAGUAUAAGUCUCAGGAAAUUCCCCGAACACAGCUGUCGUCCCAAGCAGUAAACGUUUUGAGCCGAAUCAUUAGGUACCUUGUAUUGCAGUAUACGUAACUGCGGUUCAGUCCUCACUAAGCCGGAUUUCCUCCCCAGACUGAAAAGUUUUACAUGUAUAUUCAUCACGCAACAUACUAAGUAGGAGGAUAGGAAACAGCAGACUCAGUUAAAAUUUCUAGCUUAACAGAAGUCUUCAGUGAUACCCUUAUCCCCCCUGCCCUUCCCGACGUUUUAGCAGAAGCUUUCUUAAGACAACCUCGUUCUUAGGGUUCUCACUAGAUUUUCUCAAAGUCUUUCGCUUCUCGUUUCCGGUUCCGGUAGUUGCCCCCAGCGCGAACCUAUGGCUCUCUCGCUCGCUUUUAAUGCAGAAAACAUAAAAAAUCUACCGCUCGCGCUUCGCGCUGGUGAAAAAAUUUGAGCUCGACUUCUAGGCAAGUCUAGGUUCUCUCUCUCUCUCGCUCCGUGGGACAGGUAAGAGAGAAACGAGGAGAAACCUAGGAACGAGGUUGCUUAACUGCAGCUUACGCGUGCAUUCAUUGGCGAAUCUAAGAGCACUAAUCAUAGGUUGCCACAGGUCAGGAAAUGGUCAGGAAAAAUAAAAUUUCUUCAACUUCAGGGAAAAGUCAGGGAAUUUCACUUCGAGUCAGGGAAAAUUUAAUUCAUGUACUUUGCAUCAUCUGUUGCUUGUAACUUGCUGAAAGCAUAAAUAAAUGGGUGGAGGGGAUGGCUGUGAGGGGGGCCUUGGGUCCGUUAUCAGGACUAAUUUGUGAAAUUUAUUGUUAAUUCAGUUGGUCAGGGAAAUUUGACAUUUGUCAGAAAAAAGUCAGGGAAAAAUCACGGAAUUUCAGAAACCUCUGGGUGUGACAACCAUGAUAAUGAACAGUGAGUAGUUGAUCUCUUUUUUUCCAGAAAACGACAACGUGAACAGGAGAUAGCUGAAGAAGAGGCAGCAAAAAAGAAAAAAGAAUGGGAAAAGGAAUGGGAGGUGAGAUUUUUCUUUAAAUAAUCCAGUUCAAUCGCAAGGCUGGCACUGAGACUGUGGAUCGAGUAAACGACAGUAGUAAAAGUGUUCUACUAACCGUUAUAUAAAUAGAGCAAUAUUUUAAAUCUUUAUUUUUAUUCGUUUUUUAUCUAUUUAUUUCUUUAUUUUUACUGCAGCCCAUGAUUCCUCACGCUUUAUUAAAUUAUCAAAAAUUGACGCGAGUGCGUAAAGAAUCUAAGCGAAAGGACAACAGUUCUUUUGGUUUGUCCUUUGACAAAACGCGAAGGCGAAAUAACAACAAAUCUGUUACUUUGAGACUAGUUCCACUAGCUUUUGAAACCACAAAUAAAAAAGCGAUGCGGUAAGUCUACAUACUUAACAGCUGGGAAGAGAUCUUUCAGUUCAUCCGUUCGUCUGAUCUUUCAAGAAAAUCCGGUUUCUUUAUUGAAGGUAUUGUGACUUGAACUUGUUUGUGGCUUCUUGUUCUUCGUCAACCCAUAAAACGACCGGUGAACUCUGCAGUGCUCCCCAAUCAUUCCGUGUUUCAGUCGAAUCCAGAAUUCACAAACACGAAUGUCCGCAAUUUCCCUGGUACACAAUAGUUUAGGGCAUAUUUUGCUUGCACAACAGGCAGAACUAGCACUACCACUCAUAGCGCAUUAAAAUGUCAGCCGUCUCUUCGCCCCUCGCCCCACCCGUUUGGUGGUGGUGGUGGUGGUGGUGGGGCGGGGGAGCUAGGGGUUGGGGUGAAGAGACUACGCCCUUGCGAGGAAUGAGCGCUUUCAACUUCCAGCGGUCUGUCAGGUCUGGCGGAUGAUUCAAACAUGCCGUCAGAUGCUGCAGCCAUAUUUUGGCCGCAUGCAAAGCACAAGGCGUGUGAGAUGUUGUAUAAGCCCCAGCUGUAGCACGACCACGGAACAGAUAAUCUAUAUUGAGCUGCUAACAUUCGCCCGGUUGACUGUGAAACCGUGUUAGGAGAAAAAUGUAGAUUUGGUUAUAAAGAUAUUUAAUGGCACGUGGACUACAAAAUUAUAAAAAUAGGAUUUCAACGUUUCGAAUAAGUUUUUCGGAUUUAAGCCUGUACAAACGUGAUAACAGGGAAUGUUUACUCUAAUUGUAUACUGGAACAGUGUACCCUAGGAAUUUUCUGUAUGCAUAUUUUAUGUACCUUCGAAAUUGCAUUUCAAGAAAUAAUUAUACAACUCAGUCACUGAACAACUGGUCCUUUCUCCUGUUCAAAUACCAACCGUUCGUAAUUUUUAGUUUUGACAUUUUGAGAGAUCCUGAUCAAAGGAAACCCGAAUUCUUUUAAACAGCUUUCUUUGUAAGUUUCCAAAAUUCACUUGCUUGACUAACAUUUAAUUUUGAGUCAUUUAGUUUAACAUGUGAACUUUAAAGCUGAAUUUAUCCAAAUUUGUUUUCAGUGUUCAGCUGAGUUUACUCAGCCUUUUUUCCAUUUGUGUUGUGAUGUUGUAAUAAUUUGAUCAGUUAGUAUAGAUGCACAUACAUAUGUAUGUAUUGUUUACGUCCACGAGUUGAAGAUUUAACUGUUGAAGUCCAAGCUUGGGUGCUGUCCUGUUUCCAGUUGUAGCAGAUCUUAGUACCUUGGAAUAGUGACGAGUUCCAGUUUUGCUAGCCAAGCGAGUUGCAUCGUUAGUUUCCCCCCUUGUUGUUCACACGCCGAAGUCUUGAAUUCCCUUUACGCUUAUUUUCCCCGAUUUGUGCUUGGAAGGGCAAAACCUAUCGUCACAACCGCCAUAUAACUCUAAGGGGGGUGUUUUACAGUAAACACUUGCGUAUAAGAACCUACAUUUUUUGAGGUCUGGUGAAAAAGGCCCUUUUAUUAAAGUUUUCGUGUAUAUUUAUCACGCAACAUACUACGUAGGGGGAUAGGAGAAAGCAGACUGUCAAUUAAAAUUUCUGGCUUAACAGAACUUACCCUUAUUCCCCCUCCCCUUAUUAGGUUCUUAAUUAGCUUCUUAAUUUCUAUGAAAGAGGGAUAUAGUUGUUGACUGCGAGAAAUAUAAAGAAACUUUAGUUUGGUCCUUAAAUAUGUAGUAUUAAUUCACAACUGUACUUUGCAAACCUCCUUUAUGCAAGGUCCAUGAAAACAAUUACAAUCUGUGCUUUUUAUAAACCUGUGGUGUUUUGGUUGUUAGACUACUAGUAGUCUCUUUUUCCUCAGGAAUAGUAAAGCGAGCGAAACGCGAGCGCGCGUGAAAAUCGCCCCACGCGAGAAAAGCAAGACUCAUCGGGGAGAGAGAAAAUUUCCCCGCCGCGUCUCGCUUUUCUCGCGUGGGGUGAUUUUUACGCGCGCUCGGGUUUCGCUACUCGUAGUCUAUUUCGUUGUAGGAAUUACAAUAAUACUUCUAUUGUAAUUACGGUUUGGUACAGUGUUUUACUUAACUCCUUGGUUAACAUGUUUACCAUAAUGUACCUGUAACCCACAUUUGAGAACCUGCUUGAUUUUGCUUGGGUAAACAGGUGCUUACAGUUUUUUGGUAUUAAAGUGCCAAAUUUCUGCUAGCAGGUUUUUAAACCACUAGUUCUUAUUAGCAGGUGUUUACUGUAUUGGUUCCUUUCCAUAUAUUUUACUAUUAUUGCGGAACUGAGAUGAAUGUCGUGUGGAUCUUGUAGAGAAUCGCUAUAUAGGCGGUUUCCUUUUUGUAAACUAGGUUCUUUGCGCUCUACCGCAAANUCGGGUUUCGCUACUCGUAGUCUAUUUCGUUGUAGGAAUUACAAUAAUACUUCUAUUGUAAUUACGGUUUGGUACAGUGUUUUACUUAACUCCUUGGUUAACAUGUUUACCAUAAUGUACCUGUAACCCACAUUUGAGAACCUGCUUGAUUUUGCUUGGGUAAACAGGUGCUUACAUUUUUUGGUAUUAAAGUGCCAAAUUUCUGCUAGCAGGUUUUUAAACCACUAGUUCUUAUUAGCAGGUGUUUACUGUAUUGGUUCCUUUCCAUAUAUUUUACUAUUAUUACGGAACUGAGAUGAAUGUCGUGUGGAUCUUGUAGAGAAUCGCUAUAUAGGCGGUUUCCUUUUUGUAAACUAGGUUCUUUACGCUCUACCGCAAAAAUAUGGGAUGAGCUUGUACCUCUCCCUAAAACUAAGUGCACCAUAGCCUUUUACAAACCUUUUAGUAGCAAAGGUGGGUCUCUUGUAAGCAGUGGGGAGUAAGCCCUGGAUUCGGGUGGAAGGGAUGCAAGGGGCACCCAGUCCCGGUCCCAGUCCCCAGAGAGUAGAAUAGGGCGCACCGGUUAGACCCCUUUUCGAGGAGAAAUCUCAUUAAUUUGCGGAGGAAUGUAUUAACGCCGAUGACGUCAUAGCCCGUUGCCUUUAUGUCAGGAAUAAAUUACGGGCAACUUCGUUAAGAUAAGAUGAUGUGUUACUUUUGAGGUGGGUUAACCGGUUUGACAGGUUUAAGAUGGAUGAUGUCAUAGCCUCUUGCCUAGUUUUAGGUGGUUCAACUGUUGCUCUCUAUCACAAUACUCCCGAGUCAGUCAAGAACUUACUCGAGGUGCCCAUAGAUGCCCCCACUGACUUUUGAGCCCUGUUUAACUGGGAAGCACUGAUGUUUUUGUUUUGUUUUUUUAAUCAAAAGGAGAGUCGAACCAACCGUGUCGAUAGCUGGCGAUCGUUCCAAGCAGGAGGGAAAAAGAAGAAGAAAGAAAAGAAAGGUCGCACGGCAUUUAAACCGCCUGCUCUUAGGCCAGAGAAACGCUAAGGAGACCUGCCAGUUACCGUACCUGUCACGACACUAUGUGGACACCACUACCCUGGCUGCGCGUGACAAAGUGAAACUAUACUGGAAUGAUCAUUUUCUAUCGCGGCGUGACAUGUCCUGAGCAUCGCGUGACGACUCUAGAAAACCUGGCCGCAGAGAACGGAAACAUCGGAAGAGAUUUUCUAUUUGAAAUGUAUAUACUUCUUUUUUAUACCUCACAAAAUCCAGAUUGUCUAAUAUGUGGUUUAACUGUUAAAUUCUUGAGUGUCGGGUUUGAUUCGUCGUUCCUAUUUUUGUUCUUAUUUGUUCUCUUUUGCUUACUUUUCACUGAUCAUACAAAUGUUUACUAAGUACAUAUUGUCAAAUAAAGAAGCAGACUUUCAGCAUGAAGGCUAAAUAAUGUGAGAACCUGUGAAAAGGUUCCGCAAGCCAUUUCGAUUGACAUUCGUCAAAUCCAGC